AUGGAGAACGCACACAUCAAAGAGUCAGGGGACGUUCUGUCCUACUUCGGCGUCACUGAAGACUCCGGCUUGUCACCUGAGCAGGUUAAGAAGAACCUGGACAAGUAUGGCUUCAACGGAAAGAGUAUCUGGGAGUUGGUGGCGGAACAGUUUGAGGACCUGUUGGUCAGAAUCCUACUGCUGGCCGCCUGCAUCUCUUUCGUUCUGGCUUGGUUUGAGGAAGGUGAGGAGACAGUCACUGCCUUCGUUGAGCCCUUCGUCAUCCUCCUCAUCCUUAUCGCAAAUGCUGUCGUUGGAGUGUGGCAGGAGCGCAACGCAGAGAGCGCUAUUGAGGCUCUGAAGGAGUAUGAGCCUGAGAUGGGGAAAGUUUACCGGUCGGACAGGAAGAGUGUGCAGAGAAUCAAGGCCAGGGAGAUUGUUCCCGGUGAUGUGGUGGAGGUUUCCGUUGGUGACAAAGUGCCAGCCGACAUCAGGAUCAUCUCCAUCAAAUCUACAACACUGCGUGUGGACCAGUCCAUUCUCACUGGUGAGUCCGUCAGUGUGAUCAAGCACACUGAUGCUGUCCCAGACCCCCGAGCUGUCAACCAGGACAAAAAGAACAUGCUGUUCUCUGGCACCAAUAUCGCUGCUGGAAAAGCCACCGGUAUAGCUGUAGCAACUGGCGUCACCACUGAGAUCGGUAAGAUUCGUGACCAGAUGGCUGCCACUGAGCAGGAGAGGACCCCUCUGCAGCAGAAACUGGAUGAGUUUGGAGAGCAGCUCUCUAAGGUCAUCUCCCUCAUCUGUGUGGCCGUCUGGAUAAUCAACAUUGGCCAUUUCAAUGACCCCGUCCAUGGAGGCUCCUGGAUUCGCGGUGCUAUCUACUAUUUCAAGAUUGCUGUGGCUCUGGCUGUGGCUGCCAUUCCUGAAGGCCUGCCAGCUGUCAUCACCACCUGCCUGGCUCUGGGAACGCGCCGCAUGGCCAAGAAGAACGCCAUCGUCAGAAGCCUGCCCUCUGUGGAGACCCUGGGCUGCACCUCAGUCAUCUGCUCCGACAAGACUGGCACCCUCACCACCAACCAGAUGUGUGUAACUAAGAUGUUCAUCAUCGAUAAAGUGGAGGGCGACAAUGUUUCCCUCGGCCAGUUCGACAUCUCUGGCUCAAAGUACACCCCUGAGGGAGAAGUCACAAAGAAUAACUUGUCUGUGAAGUGCGGACAGUAUGACGGACUGGUGGAGCUUGCUACCAUCUGUGCUCUGUGCAAUGACUCUUCUCUGGACUACAAUGAGUCCAAGGGUAUUUAUGAGAAAGUGGGUGAGGCCACUGAGACAGCCCUGUGCUGUUUGGUGGAGAAGAUGAACGUGUUCAACACUGAAGUGCGUGGUCUGUCCAAGGUGGAGAGGGCAAAUACGUGCUGCACUGUGAUCAAGCAGCUGAUGAAGAAGGAGUUCACCCUGGAGUUCUCCAGAGACAGGAAGUCCAUGUCAGUCUACUGUUCACCUGCCAAGUCUGCCAAAGCCCCUGUGGGAAACAAGAUGUUUGUCAAAGGUGCUCCAGAGGGUGUCAUCGAGCGCUGCGCGUACGUCCGCGUGGGCACCACCCGUGUACCCCUGACUGGCCCGGUCAAAGACAACAUCAUGUCAGUCAUCAAGGAGUGGGGCACAGGCCGCGACACCCUCCGCUGUUUGGCUCUGGCCACCCGUGACACACCUCUGAGGAAGGAGGAGAUGAACCUGGAGGACUCAACCAAGUUUGCAGACUAUGAGACUGACUUGACCUUUGUGGGCUGUGUCGGCAUGCUCGACCCUCCUCGUAAGGAAGUUAUGAGCUCCAUCGAGCUGUGCAGGGCUGCUGGCAUCCGUGUCAUCAUGAUCACUGGUGAUAACAAGGGCACCGCUGUGGCCAUCUGCCGUCGUAUCGGCAUCUUCAGCGAGGAUGAGGAUGUCACUGGUAAGGCCUUCACUGGUCGUGAGUUUGAUGACCUCCCUCCAUAUGAUCAGAAGAAGGCCGUGCGAAAGGCUUGCUGCUUUGCCCGAGUGGAACCGUCCCACAAGUCGAAGAUCGUUGAGUUCCUGCAAGGCUUUGAUGAGAUUACUGCCAUGACCGGUGAUGGAGUGAACGAUGCCCCUGCCUUGAAGAAGGCGGAGAUUGGCAUCGCCAUGGGCUCUGGCACUGCCGUUGCCAAGUCUGCCUCUGAGAUGGUCCUGGCUGACGACAACUUCUCUUCCAUUGUGUCUGCUGUUGAGGAGGGCAGAGCCAUUUACAACAACAUGAAGCAGUUCAUCCGCUACCUCAUCUCCUCCAACGUAGGCGAGGUCGUCUGUAUCUUCCUGACUGCUGCCCUGGGUCUGCCCGAGGCUCUCAUCCCCGUCCAGCUGCUGUGGGUUAACCUUGUGACUGACGGUCUGCCCGCCACUGCGCUGGGCUUCAACCCCCCUGACCUGGACAUCAUGGGCAAAGCCCCCCGCUCCCCCAAGGAGCCCCUCAUCUCUGGCUGGCUCUUCUUUAGAUAUCUGGCCAUUGGAGGUUAUGUUGGCGCUGCCACUGUUGCAGCAGCCGCCUGGUGGUUCGUGUACAGUGACGAUGGCCCGAUGGUCACCUUCCACCAACUGUCACACUUCAUGCAGUGCAGCGAGGAGAAUGAGGACUUUGCCGGGGUUAACUGCGAGGUGUUCGAGUCUUCUCCUCCAAUGACCAUGGCUCUGUCUGUGCUAGUCACCAUCGAGAUGUGCAACGCUCUGAACAGCUUGUCUGAGAACCAGUCCCUGGUGCGCAUGCCCCCCUGGAGCAACGGCUGGCUGGUGGGCGCCAUGAGCCUCUCCAUGUCCCUUCACUUCAUGAUCAUCUACGUCGACCCACUGCCCAUGAUCUUCAAGCUCACUCACUUGAAUGUGGAGAAGUGGUUGAUGGUGCUGAAGCUCUCCUUCCCAGUCAUCCUCAUCGAUGAGCUUCUCAAGUUUGUGGCUCGCACAUAUCUGGAGGGGAAAGUCUAAAGGCAAAGUGCAACAGAGAGUGUCUGAGGCAGAGAGAGCACAGAGACACAGAGGAUGGAGAGAAAAGGCUGAGUGCUCCCACUGGUAGCCAGCCUACCAAGAGUCACCUGAUGUGAUCAAAUCAUCAAGUGGCAUAAAUACAACAGAAAACACAUAAGCCAUCUGAAAAUACACCAAAAAAAAAGCUGCAAAAUA